AUGGAGAAGAUCAGGCGGGGCGGCGAUGGCCCCCCACGGGGGCCCGUCCUGCACAUCGUGGUGGUCGGCUUUCAUCACAAGAAGGGCUGCCAGGUUGAGUUCUCUUACCCGCCCCUGAUUCCAGGAGAUGGACAUGAUAGUCACACCUUACCUGAAGAAUGGAAGUAUUUGCCCUUCCUUGCCUUACCAGAUGGCGCACACAACUACCAAGAAGAUACUGUGUUUUUUCACUUGCCACCCAGAAGUGGAAAUGGAGCCACUAUAUAUGGUAUCUCUUGCUAUCGACAAAUUGAAGCCAAGGCAUUGAAAGUACGGCAAGCAGAUAUCACCAGAGAGACUGUUCAAAAAAGUGUCUGUGUUCUAAGCAAGCUGCCUCUCUAUGGCUUACUUCAAGCAAAACUUCAACUCAUUACACAUGCAUAUUUUGAAGAGAAGGAUUUUUCCCAAAUUUCCAUUCUAAAGGAGCUCUAUGAACAUAUGAAUAGUUCCCUGGGAGGAACUUCAUUAGAAGGAUCCCAGGUAUAUCUUGGUUUAUCUCCUCGGGAUCUUGUGCUUCAUUUUCGACAUAAGGUUCUAAUCCUAUUUAAGCUAAUUCUUCUGGAAAAAAAGGUUCUCUUUUAUAUUUCUCCAGUGAAUAAAUUGGUGGGUGCCCUGAUGACUGUGUUAUCCCUUUUUCCAGGCAUGAUUGAACAUGGACUCAGUGACAGUUCUCAGUACAGACCCCGAAAGAGUAUGUCUGAAGAUGCUGGGCUUCAGGAAAGUAAUCCCCCUGCAGAUGAAUUUGUUUGUAUGCCUGCUUCUGACAUUUCAAAUACCAACUUAGGAACUGUCAAGAAAAUCCUAGGAAACCAUGGAGGAGAUGCAGCCAAUAAGACUGAAGAACCUUUGUUCCAGGUAGAAGAUGAUAGCAGUGAACAAGAAGCCAGUGAUAGCAAUCAAUAUCUGAAACCUCCUUCUCGCCCAUCUCCAGAGUCUUCAGAAAGUGACUGGGAGACCUUAGACCCUAGUGUCCUAGAGGACUCCUCCUUGAAAGAACGAGAACAGGUGGGGUCAGAACAGACAAACUCAUUUCCAAAGGACUCUUUGCCCUCAGAUAGUCCUCCGAUUACUGUUCAACCUCAAGCUAAUACCGGCCAGGUGGUCCUGAUACCAGGGCUGAUUUCUGGCUUGGAGGAGGACCAGUAUGGCAUGCCCCUGGCCAUCUUCACAAAGGGAUAUCUGUGUUUGCCUUAUAUGGCACUGCAGCAGCAUCAUCUUCUCUCUGAUGUCGCCAUUCGAGGAUUUGUUGCUGGAGCUACUAACAUCCUUUUUAGACAACAGAAACACCUCAGUGAUGCCAUUGUGGAAGUAGAAGAAGCUCUGAUCCAGAUCCAUGAUCCAGAACUCAGGAAGCUGCUCAACCCAACCACUGCAGACCUAAGGUUCGCAGAUUACCUAGUGAGGCAUGUGACUGAGAACCGGGAUGAUGUCUUCCUGGACGGCACGGGCUGGGAGGGAGGUGACGAGUGGAUCCGAGCCCAGUUUGCAGUCUAUAUCCAUGCACUGUUGGCCGCCACACUGCAGCUUGAUAACGAAAAGAUCUUAUCGGACUAUGGGACGACCUUUGUUACAGCCUGGAAGAACACUCACAACUACAGGGUCUGGAACAGCAACAAGCAUCCAGCACUUGCAGAAAUAAAUCCGAACCAUCCUUUCCAAGGACAGUACUCAGUGUCAGACAUGAAGUUAAGAUUCUCACAUUCUGUUCAAAACAGUGAACGUGGCAAAAAACUUGGAAACGUCAUGGUUACAACAAGUCGGAAUGUUGUACAAACAGGAAAAGCUGUUGGCCAGUCGGUUGGAGGAGCUUUUUCCAGCGCGAAGACAGCUAUGUCUUCAUGGCUUUCCACUUUCACCAGUUCCACUCCACAGAGUCUCACUGAGCUGCCUGACGGGAAACCCUGA